AUGGUUGAAAUUGAAUCUGAAGUGAGACAACAACAAGUGAUGAAGUCGCACAUUAAACUACAGUAUUCAAAUUUAUUUCACACGCAUGAAGAACUUUCAUCGUUGCUGAUAACGAAAUCAAAUGCUCGACAUGAUCUGAAGACCUUGAGGCUCAUGACAAUACAAUCACAAAUGAAUUAA